AUGUCAGAUAUUUCCAGUAGAAUCCGAGAAUUCUUUGGUUUUCCUAGCUAUGAACCUCUCAAUAAUGAUGGUCAUAGUCAAACUUUUCCGGGUGCAUAUCCAGAGAAUGAAGGAGUGGCACAAGAUACGAAUAGAAACUUUUUUAACUCACAACGACUAAGCAAGUACCUGUUGACUUUAUUAGAUUGGAUAAUUUAUUUGAUUAUAAAACCUAUAGCUUUGAUAUUAGCGAUAAGCUUGAGAGUUCUAGGGAGAUUUUUCAAUAUGAUAUACUUUAAAGAAAGGAAUAACAGGCGUACUUCAUUGAUACAAACUGGAUACAACCAAGGCAAUGAUCCUAUUGAUAAAGUUAACAAAUUCAUAAGAGAAUUGGAGGAUAACUUGAGCCCAGAGAAUUUGCGUUCUGGAAACUCCUUGCCACCAUUUUUUGAGGGAAGCUAUACUCAAGCGCUUUACAUGGCGACGAAUAGAGCUAAGUUUCUAUUUGUUUAUCUCUCUAAUCCACAAAAUGAAAGUUCCUCUCUAAUAUUCGACAAAGUUAUAGCUAACCCUGAAUUUAUUAACAUGUUUUCAAAUAAUCAGAAUCUUCUUAUAUGGGGUGGUGAUCUAACUAACUCCGAAGCAUAUCAAUUGGCAAACAGCUUUGGUGUUACUAAAUUUCCAUUUUUGGGUUUAGUGUUCUUGACUCGAACGACAAGGAUGACACCAGACGGCCCUGUCAAGACUUCACCAAAAAUAACAUUGGUGCUGAAGAUUCAAGGAGGACUUGGUCCAGACGUCGAUCCAAAUGCAUUGAUUGAGCUUAAAUUCAAAAAGAAGAUAAGAAAAUAUGAUGCGGAGUUGUCUCUGAUAAGAAAUCAGUUGAAGGAAAGUUUUAUGAGCCAAGUUCUCUUGAAACAGCAAGAUCUCAACUAUCGUGCAUCAUUAGAGAAAGAUAGGGUUAAGGCCCAAAAAAAGCUACAAGAAAAGAUGAAAAAAAAAUUUUUGGCAUAUAAGUUGGAGUACUUUAACAAUUUGAAUGAGGAAAUUACUGAAGGGAUGGCAAAAAUAGCGAUUAAGCUACAAAGUGGGUCUCGCGUAACUUUUUAUUUUCCUGCUGAAAGUAAAGUUGAGGAUAUAUUCACUUACGUCGAGUUAUUGAAUGAAGGAUAUUUUGACAAGGAAAUUUCGAGCUCUCUAUCGGACCAGCAAGCAGAGGAAGAAUUUAAGGGCUUUGAACCUGACUUCAAUUUUAAAUUAAUAACGCCAUUGCCUCCACGUUCUACUUUAAACGACUUUAUAGAUUGCAAAAUUAAAGAUGUUAAAUGUAUAUAUCCAAACGGUUUAGUGAUAGCCGAGAAUAUUUGA